AUGUCAAACCCUUAUGCCUACGUUGCUGAUGAGUAUCCUCAGCAACAAAACUUACAACAUCCGCAGCCUCAACAUGCUCCGUUCUCUCCUCAACAACAGCAUCAACAGCCCCUUCAUUCGACGAAUCCGCAAUAUCAGCAGUUUGCUGGACAACUGCAAUUCUCAAAUCAACAACAGUUUGGAAUUCAACAGCAGUUCGUGAACCAGCAGCAGUUUGGCAAUCAGCAGCAAUUGGGAAACCAGCAGCAGUUUAUGGGUGGACAAGGUAGUCAGUUCCAGCCACACCAACAAACUCCAGGCGCCAAUGCCGGGCCCUACUCGGGCUUCUUUUCGGACCCAGCUGCAUCCAUGGCAGCCCAAUUUGCAAAAACAAGUCUUGGUCAAUCCAAUAAUUACAUUCAGCAGAACUUUGGCAACUAUAUCCCUGUUGCUGGUGACUUAAAGUUCUACUUCAAUGUGAGUAACUCCUACGUGCUCAACAAAAUCAUCCUCAUACUAUUUCCUUACCGCCAAAAGAACUGGGCUCGCAUACCACAAGCUGAGCCAACGCCAACCGCUAGCGCUGGGAGCACCUAUGCUCCACCCUCUGAGGAUAUCAACGCGCCAGACUUAUACAUUCCAUUAAUGUCUUUUAUUACCUAUAUAUUGCUUUGGUCAUCGUUCCUGGGUUUGAAAGGUGAAUUCCACCCGGAACUUUUUGGCUACUUGGCUUCUCAGACUUUGGCUUGCUCCUUCAUCGACAUCUUAGUUUUCAGAGUCGGUCUAUACCUUUUGAACUGCUCUACUCAAAGUUCCAUUUGGGACCUCGUCAGUUUUAGCGGCUACAAAUACGUUGCAAUUACCGUGCUCUUAUGCUGGAAGAACGUUGUGGGAGGUUCAUGGCUACUUUAUUACUCAGUUUUGUUUUAUGUUGUCGUUAGCUUGGCCUUGUUUUUGAUGAGAUCGUUGAAAUUCUUGGUAUUGCCAGUUGGUGUUGCUGACAUCUCAACUCCGCAUGAGCCACAAAGGAGAGUCAGACUUCAGUUUUUGUUCUUCUACGCUGCGGUUGUUCAAUCCUUGAUCAUUCUAUUCAUGUCCCGUUAG